AUGUUAGUUAGUGAGUGGAACAAGUUAAGCGACACUUGUUGAAUUGAAUGGAUUGCCAGAACCACCGCGGUAGAUGCUAGAACAUUUCGAGUCUUCCGCAACUUUUAUUUUAUUUUACUUUAAUAGCGUGAUGAACAAGUUAAUUUGCAAGUGAAGAAAAAUACAGUGUUGAGCAAAAAAUAAAAUAAAAUUAAAUUAAAUAAAUUCAAUAAUUGAAAAAAAAACAAGAAGUUUCAGUGUGUGAGAGCGAAGCGUUUGCAAAACUACAAAUAAUUAAAUUUGAAAAAAAAAAAUAAUAAUAAUAAUUUACAAAGAGUUAAAACCAAGCUCUGUGGCGUUCACUGGAAACCGCGUAAAAAAUAAUAAUUACCAAUCAAUAAUCAACGACAGUCGCCAAAAAUAUAAAAAUACAACAAUACGACAAUACCAAUUGUGAUAAAGCGAAACAACAAGCGAGCAAAAAUGCAUCAAUUCAAAUUAACCGAAAUGAAAACGAAUCUGCUGUACGCGCCCGAGUCAUAUGCGCUGGCGCAUGCCGUCUCCGCCGACCUGAACACGAUGAAGGGCACGCUCGCCUGGCAGUUUGCCGUGAUUUUCGGCAAUUUCGAAGAGCUCAGCAAGCAACCGAUAACGGUGGGCAAUGUCGCCGUCAUGGAACACCAGUCGCGUUUCAUUUACUUUCUGGUGACGAAGGAAAAUGUCUACGAGACCACAACAUACAACACUUUGCAUGCAGCGUUGAUUUGUAUGCGCGAACACAUGCGCAUACAUGAGAUUACAAAAAUCGCCAUGCCACGCAUUUGCUGCGGCACGGACGGCUUAGACUGGCAGCGUGUCAAGCAGUUAAUACGCACCGUGUUCGCCAGAGAGACCAAUGUGGAGAUACUGGUCUGCAGCUAUAAUCAAACGGUGACAAUACCACCGAAAUGUCAAAUUGUCGAAGUGAAGGGCAACAUCUUCAGCGCACCGCAGGACUACUCAUUGGUGCAUUCGACAAGCGCCGACUUCGCCAUGUCCAGCGGCAUUGGCUUGCACUUCAAGUGCAAAUUUGGACAAAUCAGUGAAUUACAAAAACAAAAUAAACAUGUUGGCAAUGUAGCAGUGUUAAAGGAUAACAAUCGUUUUAUUUACAAUUUAAUCACGAAGGAAAGAAGUCAUGAGAAGUGCACCUAUCCGGCGCUCUACUAUGCGCUGAUGGCAAUGCGUGAGCAUGUGGAGCAAAACAACGUGACCAAAUUGGCUAUACACAGAUUUGGUGGCGACAUCGAUCGCCUGAGUUGGCUACGUGUUAAGAAUAUUGUGGAAUUUGUAUUCUGUAAUAUUGCCGUGGAGAUCAUUGCAUACGUCUAUGAUCCACCAGAGGUGGUACGCAGACGUUCACGUGAUUCACGCUCGCGCUCACGCACUUUAGAGUCGAUGGUGAAUCGUAUGUCACUCUCACGAGACUUUCCUUGAAGGGAGAGAGGGGGCGCAUGAGUUGGCGUUGUCAAGAAUUUAAAGUUAAAAUGUGAAAUGUUUUAUUUUUGUACACCAACACACACACACAGUUAAUUUAUUAAUAUUUUACACGUACACCACAUAUUUAUAACCUUAAUUUUAAGUUUAUAAUUUACCUUGGAAGCUGGAGUUUCAGUAGGGCAACUUAUGAGAGCGCUUUGUAUUGGAAGAGAGUUAUCAUUGCUGUAGAUUAUGGCAUAUUUAUUUAAAAAAAAAGUUGAAUGAAAGCAAAUUUAUUAUUUAUUUGGCAUAUUUAUAAUAUAUUCUAUUAAAUUUUAUUUUUUUAGUUUUUAUUUUUAGUUUUUUUUUAAAUAAUUUUUUUGUAUUAAAUAUAAGAUAUUAUGAGUAAUAUCUCCCAACAGCAGAUGCAACAACAAUGCAACACAAUUCCAAAUGUAAACAGAACGACGUACGCACACACACAUAUACAUAUAUACACGAAAUCAAAUUUUUAACAAAAAGUGUAAAUUAACAUUUUUGCUAACUACACUGUUGUUCAAAAUAAUAAAUAAAUAAAAUUUAAUAACUAAAAGCA